GAAGAGGAAAGGGGCGUUACUUGAAAGAAGGGACCGGGACCUGGCGGGAUUUAGGGACGAUGUGGACCCGGAGCGACCUCUGUAAUGGAUGGGUUGUGCAAGCAACACAGUUUUGGGGUUACCAAAGAACGGAGUAUCAUAGGGAGUGGUUAGGCUCCAUGAUGGAGGUGGGUGCAAGGAGCACAGUCUUUGGAGCUGGACCCAGCGGUCUGCGACGACGUGCUCCGCUUACUGCUGAGUGAUCUAGUGCAAGUUCCCGCACCUCUCUGAGCCUCCGUUUCCACAUCUGUAGAUGGGAAUAACAAUCAAAUACGACGCACAAGAUUGCUGUGACGAUUGAGUUAGAGGAGAUGAUGCCUGUGCCUCCCUGCCUCCUGAUAUACUGGCCUGUAGUGAACCUUCAAUGAAUUGUCAUGGAAGCUGUUAUUGCCUUUAUGUGGGAUUUGCGGAGGGCAGGAGGUGUAGCAAUGGAAUUGAGGCAGCCAGGGCAGAGUUUGGCGGUGAUUAUAAUGGUGGGGAUAUAGGGUGACCUGAAGGACAGGUGGGCUUCGGGGGCGCUAUAGAUAAAGCAUGGGCUACAGCGAUGAGGUAGGAAGAGGCCCUACCAUGAUAAAGGCAGACUUGGGAUGUGACCGCAAUGAAGGUUGAUCAUUUUGGAUUUAAUACUGUGAAAACUUUUAAUCAGCGGUACCUAGUAGCUGAUAAAUACUGGAAGAAAAAUGGUGGAUCGAUACUUUUCUACACUGGUAAUGAAGGGGACAUCAUCUGGUUUUGUAAUAACACGGGGUUCAUGUGGGAUGUGGCUGAGGAACUGAAAGCUAUGUUGGUGUUUGCUGAACAUCGAUACUAUGGAGAGUCUCUCCCCUUUGGUGACAACUCAUUCAAGGAUUCCAGACACUUGAAUUUUCUGACAUCAGAACAAGCUCUGGCUGAUUUUGCAGAGUUAAUCAAACACUUGAAAAGAACAAUCCCAGGAGCUGAAAAUCAACCUGUCAUUGCCAUAGGAGGCUCCUAUGGUGGCAUGCUUGCAGCCUGGUUUAGGAUGAAAUAUCCUCAUAUGGCAGUUGGAGCUCUUGCAGCUUCUGCCCCUAUCUGGCAGUUUGAGGAUUUAGUACCUUGUGGUGUAUUUAUGAAGAUUGUAACUACAGAUUUUAGGAAAAGUGGUCCACAUUGUUCAGAGAGCAUCCGCAGGUCCUGGGAUGCCAUUAAUCGACUCUCAAGUACUGGCAGUGGUUUGCAGUGGCUUACUGGAGCCCUUCACUUAUGCAGCCCAUUAACUUCUCAGGACAUCCAACAUUUGAAAGACUGGAUCUCUGAAACCUGGGUGAAUCUGGCAAUGGUGGACUAUCCUUAUGCAUCUAACUUUUUACAGCCUUUGCCUGCUUGGCCUAUUAAGGUAGUGUGCCAGUAUUUGAAAAAUCCCAAUGUAUCUGAUUCACUACUGCUGCAGAAUAUUUUCCAAGCUCUGAAUGUAUAUUACAAUUAUUCGGGCCAGGUGAAAUGCCUGAAUAUUUCAGAGACAGCAACUAGCAGUCUGGGAACACUGGGUUGGAGCUAUCAGGCCUGCACAGAAGUAGUCAUGCCGUUUUGUACUAAUGGUGUCGAUGACAUGUUUGAACCUCACUCAUGGAACUUAAAGGAACUUUCUGAUGAGUGUUUUGAACAGUGGGGUGUGAGACCAAGGCCCUCCUGGAUCACUACUAUGUAUGGAGGCAAAAACAUCAGUUCACACACAAACAUUGUUUUCAGCAAUGGUGAACUAGACCCCUGGUCAGGAGGUGGAGUAACUAAGGAUAUCACAGACACUCUGGUUGCAGUCACCAUCUCAGAGGGGGCCCACCACUUAGAUCUGCGUGCCAAGAAUGCCUUAGAUCCCACGUCUGUGCUGUUAGCCCGUGCCUUGGAAGUCAGACAUAUGAAGAAUUGGAUCAGAGAUUUCUAUGACCAUGCAGGAAAGCAGCACUGAGAAACUUUUGAUUGUUUUCAGUUUCUUCUUUUAUGUUCUCACCACCACAUUCCCAUUCACUUUGGUUUUCUACAUGUAAUUACCUUCUCUUGUUUAUCAUUAGAUUUGAUGGGCCAAGGUUGAGAUAGAAUAGAGGGUGAUGACGGUAAGAGCAACUGUCCCAUGAAUGUGAUUUCCUGGGUUCUCACUGUCUUCGCACCAUGUCUAGGAAGAAUCUUCUUGAUAACUCUCCCACACCAUCAGUGGCCUUCAUAACUGGAGCAGAGCUCCUGAUUGCUUUUCAUAAGAGGGAGAGUUACUUUCUUUGUAUCUCUGCAAGCAGAGAUUUCUCUUUGGCUUUGAGGUUGAAGUCUCUUUAGCCCAUUUGUAAGUCCCCAUCCCUACCCUACACAAAGUAAAAGCAGAAGAUAGAUUUAAAAAAUGAUGUAAUUGCAGCUGGUAGGAUGUCUGGUGCCAAUCCAGGAAGUGAGAGCCAUUUCUUUUGUACUGGAUUUAAUGACUUUGAACUGUGCUGUAAAUAAAGAAUACAGCUGGACCUUA